AGAAAAUGGAACCACGAAAUAGAAAACAACAAAUGGGUUUUUUAUCUCAAUUUCAAACAUGUUUUUGGACCAUCAUCUUGUUCCUUUUUAUGGUUCUAAAUUGUCAUGUAAAUGAAGCAGCUUUGGUAUUGCCUAAGAAUGUAACUGUAACUGCAGUUUUUGUGUUUGGUGAUUCAAUUGUUGAUCCAGGUAACAACAACAAUCUCCCAACUAUAGCUAAAGGCAACUUCUUACCUUACGGUCGAGAUUUCAAGGACGGACCGACUGGACGGUUCUCGAAUGGCAAGGUUCCUUCUGAUCUUAUAGCUGAAGAAUUUGGUGUUAAGGGAUUGGUACCUGCUUAUCUUGAUCCAAAAACACAGCUACAAGAUCUCCUUACUGGUGUUAGUUUUGCCUCUGGUGCUGCAGGAUAUGAUCCUCUCACUGCAAAAACCGCGAAUGUAAUAGCGAUGUCGGGUCAGUUAGAGCUGUUCAAGGAAUGUAUAAAGAAGAUAAAAGGAGCAGUGGGUGAAGAGAGAGCUGCAACUAUAAUUUCAAAAGCUAUAUAUAUAGUGUGUACUGGCAGUAAUGAUAUUUCAAAUACUUAUUUUUCUACUCCCUUUAGGAGACCUCAUUAUGAUAUCAAUGGUUAUGCAGAGUUCAACGCCCGCUAUGCUAAUCAGUUCUUGCAGGACUUAUAUGGAUUAGGAGCAAGAAGAAUAGGGUUGUUGGGGUUGCCACCAAUAGGGUGUGUGCCAUCUCAAAGAACCAUAGGUGGAGGCAAAAACAGGGAUUGUUACGAGGCUGAGAACCAAUUGGCAAUUGCCUACAAUGCCAAGCUCUCUGGUGUGAUAGAUUCCCUUAAAGCUGUUGACACUUUGCCUGACACAAAGUUCAUCUUUCUUGACAUUUACUAUCCUCUUCUUUCCCUCAUCCAAAACCCUGCAAAAUAUGGUUUUGAAGUAGCAACAAAAGGAUGCUGUGGCACUGGACUAAUAGAAGCUAGUGUAUUUUGCAACCCUACAAGCAUCCCUCUUUCAUGCCCAGAUGCCUCAAAAUAUGUUUUUUGGGAUGGUUACCAUCCAUCUGAGAAGGCUUACAAGAUACUUGUACCAAUCAUAAUCAAUAAGCAUCUCAAUGAAUUUUUUUGAUAUUACCAUUUAAAAAAUAAAACAAAUCGAAAUGUAAUUUACGAGAUAUUGGAAAAUUCAAGUUGAUUGGCAUCAAGUUCAGAAUUUAAUCGAGUCAA